AUGAGCUUUUUUGAAGAAAUGCAUGGGUUUUGUCCUUCACAAUGCACUUGUGUUUACCAUGGCAGAAGUGAUGGCACCGGAACAAGGUCUGUGCUCUGUAAUGAUCCUGACAUGUACGAGAUCCCUGUGAAUGUUCCAGUGGAUACCGUAAAACUUCGUAUAGAGAAAACCGUAAUACGAAGGAUUCCAACUGAAGCCUUUUACUACCUGGUAGAUCUCAAAUACCUGUGGGUAACUUACAACUGUGUAGCCAACAUUGAUAUUAGCAGUUUCUAUAACCUGAAACAACUGCAUGAGCUGCGGCUGGAUGGUAAUCUCCUCUCCACUUUCCCUUGGGAAUCACUGGCAGAGAUGCCCAACCUCCGCACUCUUGAUUUACACAACAAUAAAGUGACCAGCAUUCCCGCUGAUGCUGGCCGGUACCUAAGAAACCUCACCUACCUGGACAUAUCCAGCAACAAGCUGACCACCCUGCCGUCAGACUUGAUGGACAUCUGGCCCCCCUUCUCAGAAGCUGUCCCGUCCAAGCACUCAGACAUUCUGGUAACACAGAGAGUCAUUUUGGGUUUGCAGGACAACCCCUGGUUUUGCGACUGUCGCAUUUCAAAGCUGAUUGAAUUUUCCAAAAUCGUGGACAACUCACUUGUACUUCUUGAUCCACUGGUUUCAUGUAGUGGACCUGAGAGCCUGGCAGGAAUAUUGUUCCAGAGAGCUGAGUUAGAGCAGUGUCUUAAACCAUCCGUGAUGACAUCAGCAACAAAAAUCACUUCCCCGCUGGGAAGCAACGUUCUGCUACGCUGUGACGCGACUGGGUACCCAACACCACAUCUCACUUGGACUAGGUCAGACAAUAUACCAGUGAACUACACAGUAAUCCAAGAAACACCUGGAGAAGGUGUCAGAUGGUCCAUAAUAAGCUUGACAGGGAUUUCAUACAAGGACGCAGGAGAAUACAGAUGUAAAGCCAAGAACUUGGCAGGAAUGUCAGAAGCUGCUGUUACUGUCACAGUGGUUGGUGUGGUUACUACAACUGUGUCACCACAGAAGUACGUAAGGAAGCAAGAGGCCGAGAGACAGAAUACCACUCAGGAGGAAUCCAGCCAGGAACCUGAGCGGACAACCACACCUCUACCCACCACACCAGUCACCACACCAACCACCACCACACUGCUUAGCACGGAAAGAUCAACGAGCAUCAGGUUUACUGACAAGAAGCAACCUAGGCCCAUGCUGGAUGGAAAGAAAAAUUUGAAGGCAGUGACCAAUGGAAGCAGAAAGCAGACGGGGGAGAUUAGCAAGAAAAGUCAGGAGACCUUGUUGAACACAGCAGGUAUGGCUGAGCAAAACAUUACUGUAAAGAACCUAAGAGUGAUCAGUGAAACUGAUGAAAGAGUGACCUUAACUUGGAAAACUGUCAAUGCCACAGGCAACUCUGCAGUGACGGUGUUAUACUCCAAGUACGGUGAGAAAGAUAUGUUGCCUCUGAGCACUGAUUCUAGCAAAAAUAAAGUCACAAUUGAUGGUUUACAACCUAGUACUCAGUAUAUGGCAUGUGUCUCACCCAAAGGAGUGCCACCUACGAAAGAGCAGUGCAUUGUCUUCUCCACUGAUGGAUUAAAUGAGGAAAGCAGCUCUCAGUUUUCUAUUUUGAUAGUGGCCAGCAGUGCAGCAUGCGUGCUUGUUUUACCUUUGAUAUUCUUCUUACUCUACAAAGUUUUAAAACUUCACAUCAAACCAAAAACUGCAAAGGAAGCUGACCUUGCAAAAGAGACCUAUGUGAAAUUUGAAACACUGUCUCUGAAGCCUCGAACAGUGAAUGCAGGAGACCAGCUCUGGGCACGAAGGUACACAGAUGAGUCAGAAAGACUUCUCCUGUGUUCUAGGUCAAGCAUGGAUUCUCAAAUGACCUUCAAAAGUGAGGGCUCUAGGUCUGAGUAUCUGUGUUGA